CUUUCUCGCUCCUCAUUUCCUCAGUCUCUUUCUCUAGCCCUCUUUCUCUCUCUAGACACAAUCUCUGUGUCUCUUGGAGCCAUGGCCGCCAUUGACAAGAAGAAACCCCUUGAAACCAGUAGCAACUUCAACUCCAACGCAGCAAACUUAACCACCAUUAAUGGAUCCAAACCUGGAAAAACCAUCGAAGAAACCUACCAGAAAAAAACCCAACUCGAACACAUUCUUCUCAGGCCUGAUACAUACAUUGGGUCGGUCGAGAAGCACACCCAAAACCUUUGGGUCUAUGAAGAAAACAAAAUGGUUCAUCGAUCGAUCUCCUAUGUUCCUGGUUUGUACAAAAUCUUUGACGAAAUUCUUGUCAAUGCUGCAGAUAAUAAGCAGAGAGACCCAUCAAUGGAUUCAUUGAAAGUUGACAUUGAUGUUGAGCAGAACACCGUCAGUGUGUAUAAUAAUGGAGAUGGGGUUCCUGUUGAGAUUCACCAAGAAGAAGGGGUUUACGUUCCUGAGAUGAUAUUUGGGCAUUUGCUCACAAGUAGUAACUACAAUGAUGAAGUGAAGAAGACCACGGGCGGGAGAAAUGGAUACGGAGCUAAGUUAACAAACAUUUUUUCGACCCAAUUUGUGAUCGAGACUGCAGAUGGGAAGCGGCAGAAAAAGUAUAAGCAGGUUUUCACAAGCAACAUGGGAAGUAAAAGUGAGCCCGCAAUUACAAAGUGCAAGGCAGGAGAGAACUGGACCAAAGUUACAUUUAAGCCUGAUCUUGCAAAAUUUAACAUGACCUAUCUUGAAGAAGAUGUGGUCGCUUUGAUGAAGAAGAGAGUGGUGGAUUUGGCAGGAUGCCUUGGAAAAACAGUUAAGGUUGAGUUAAACGGGAAGAGGCUCCCAGUGAAAUCCUUUGUGGACUAUGUUGAUCUUUAUGUAAAGUCUGCUUCUGAGGCGAGGCCAGAGCCCCUUCCAAGGAUUGUGGAGAAAGUUAAUAAUAGAUGGGAGAUAUGUGUGAGUCUGAGUGAAGGGCAGUUUCAGCAGGUUAGUUUCGUGAAUGGAAUUGCUACCAUCAAAGGUGGAACUCAUGUUGAGUAUGUCACAGGGCAGAUUGCUAAUCAUAUCAUGAACAUUGCUAAUAAGAAGAACAAGAAUGCAGGCAUUAAAGCUCACACUGUGAGGAACCACUUGUGGGUAUUUGUCAAUGCACUCAUUGACAAUCCUGCUUUCGAUUCUCAGACCAAGGAGACUUUGACCACUCGUCAAGGCAGCUUUGGAUCAAAAUGUGAACUGUCUGAAGAGUUCCUUAAAAAAGCUGCCAAUUCUGGGAUUGUGGAAAGCCUACUUUCCUGGGCUGAUUUUAAACAGAGCAAGGAUUUGAAGAAAACUGAUGGAACUAAGUGUCAGAGAAUCACUGGCCUUCCAAAACUUGAGGAUGCUAAUCAAGCAGGAGGGAGGAACUCGGAAAAAUGUACCUUGAUUCUAACAGAAGGAGAUUCAGCUAAAGCUCUAGCUAUGGCAGGGAUCUCUGUUGUGGGUCGAGAUCACUUUGGUGUGUUCCCUUUAAGAGGUAAACUAUUGAAUGUGAGAGAAGCAACAAAGACACAGAUAAAGGAUAAUAAGGAGAUUCAGAAUAUAAAGCAAAUACUUGGGUUACAGCAUGGAAAGGUGUAUGACAGUGUCAAGUCUCUGAGAUAUGGCCAUCUGAUGAUCAUGACUGAUCAGGAUCAUGACGGGUCUCACAUCAAAGGCCUGCUCAUCAAUUUCAUCCAUUCUUUCUGGCCAUCCCUACUUAAGGUCCCCUCAUUCCUCGUGGAGUUCAUCACGCCUAUUGUUAAGGCUAGAAACAAGAACGGGAAGGUGUUGUCCUUCUACACAUUGCCAGAGUAUGAAUCCUGGAAGGAAAGCCUUGGAGGAAAUGCUCGUGGUUGGACCAUCAAAUACUAUAAGGGGUUGGGUACAAGUACAUCCCAAGAGGGAAAAGAAUAUUUCAAGGAGAUAAACAAACACAAGAAGGACUUUAUAUGGGUGGAUGAUCAAGAUGGAGAUGCUAUUGAAUUGGCAUUUAGCAAGAAGAAAAUUGAAGCAAGGAAGAACUGGCUCCGCCACUUUGAGCCUGGUACUUACCUUGAUCAGAAGGAGAAACUCAUCAAGUACAGUGAUUUUGUGAACAAGGAGCUCAUUUUGUUUUCAAUGGCGGAUUUGCAAAGAUCAAUCCCUUCUAUGGUGGAUGGUCUCAAACCUGGUCAACGGAAAAUCCUUUUCUGUUCAUUCAAGAGGAACUUUGUUUCCCAAGCGAAGGUUGUACAGUUCUCCGGUUAUGUCUCAGAGCACUCUGCCUACCACCACGGUGAACAGAGUCUGGCCGCUACCAUUGUUGGAAUGGCACAGGAUUUUGUUGGCACCAACAAUAUAAAUCUCUUGCAACCACUCGGUCAAUUUGGCACCAGAAACAGGGGAGGCAAGGACGCUGCAAGUGCUAGGUACAUCUUUACUUGUUUAUCACCCAUUACACGUUUCUUGUUCCCAAAAGAUGAUGAUGUUCUCCUGGACUACCAAAAUGAAGAUGGACAGUGUAUCGAACCCAACUGGUACAUGCCUAUUAUACCACUGGUUCUCAUCAAUGGAAGUGAGGGCAUUGGAACUGGCUGGAGCUCCUAUGUGCCAAACUACAAUCCAAGGGAUGUUGCAGCCAAUGUGAAGCGUCUGCUGAAUGGCGAGUCGAUGCUGCCCAUGGAGCCUUGGUAUAAGGGAUUUAAGGGAACAAUUGAGAAAUCAGCUACAAAAGAAGGUGGCGUCGGUUAUACAGUGAGUGGCAUUGUAGAGGAGAUCAAUGAAACAACAUUGAGGAUAACUGAGUUGCCCAUUCGAAGAUGGACAGAAGAUUACAAAGUAUAUUUGGAAUCUUUGAGGACAGGAAGUGAAAAGACCAAGGAACCAUUCAUCGUGGACUAUAAGGAGCACAACACUGAUACGAGGGUACAUUUUGAUGUUCUUCUCCCUGAGGAAAACAUGAAAAUUUCUCAGCAAGAAGGAUUGAUGAAGAUGUUCAAGCUUACAACCACCAUCAGCACUAGCAACAUGCACCUGUUCAAUGCGAAAGGUGUCAUUAAAAAAUAUGACACUCCUGAGCAGAUUCUGGAGGAGUUCUUCCAUCUAAGAUUGGAUUAUUAUGGUAAAAGAAAGAAAGUUCUACUGGACAAUCUUGAACUGGAGCUGCUAAAAUUGGAUAACAAAGCCAGAUUCAUUCUUGGUGUAGUGAAUGGAGAAAUAGUUGUGAGCAAAAGAAAGCGAGCAGAUCUAGUCCUUGAGUUACGGGACAAAGGUUUCACCCCAUUUCCAAAGAAAUCUAAGAAUGUUGAAGCAGCCCUGGCUGGAGCAACCCCAGUGGAUGAAGAGGGUGAAGAAAGCCCAGAGGUUGAUGAUAGAGGAAUAAAUGCCUCGGAUUAUGACUAUCUUCUUUCGAUGGCCAUUGGAACCUUGACGAUUGAGAAAGUACAGGAACUUUGUGCUGAAAAGGAUAAGCUUGAACAUGAUGUCAAGGAGCUCAGAGGUUUAACUCCCAAGGCCUUAUGGAUCAAGGAUCUUGACGCAUUCUUAGCUCAGUUAGAUGCUGAAGCUGUGCAAGAAGCGAAAGAUGAUGAGUAUGAAUUAAACAACAUGGUCAGUGAUGCUGCUAAGAUUUUCAGACAAGUGGGCAAGAACCCUAGGAAGAACACCAAAAAACCCGCUCCGGCUGAGCAUGUUGAUACUGAUGCAUCAGACACCACUACUACUGAGGUAGCAGCAAAACCAAAAAAGAGAGCCCCCAAGAAAGCUCCCACGAAGAAGAAGGUGGAUGUGGAGGAUAUGGAAGAUGAUUUGCUACUUGAUUUGAAUGCUCGGCUGGCUAAAUAUAACAUUGAAUCUUCUCCAGAGCAUGCAGAUAUGGAAACCGACUUGCCUGAGAGGAGAGAACCUAGCAAAAGGGCGGUGAGCAAGCCCCAACAAGUCUAUGCGGACAUAUCUGAUGAUGAAUCCGAACACUUGGAAGAAAUUGAGGAGGAAAAAGAGGAAGAACAAGAAGAUGAAGAUCCAAAACCAGCUAAAGGCAAGAAGAAGCAAGCUCCAAAACCAAAGGAGAAAAAGAAGAUGGAUGGUUCUAGUGAUGAAGAGUUUGUCAUAUCAGAUGAGGAUCUCUCAGUGUUUGAUAUUGAAACUGAGGAUGCUCCUCCAAAGCCAAAGGGACGGGCGAAGAAACCUUUGUCCAAUAAACCCAAGGCUCCUACUGGUGCUGCAAAGAAACGUGGUGCUGCGAGCUCAAAACAGCCAAUUCUAAACCAGAAACUGAUAACCGAAGUGCUAAAGCCCGUGGGGGUUUCCCCUGAGAAGAAAGUGAGAAAGAUGAGAGCUUCACCUUUCAACAAGAAGAGUGGGUCAGUGCUAGGAAGGAUAGAGAGAGAAAGCAAGGCAGAGGAGUCGAAAGAUGGGUCUCCUCUCUCUUUAGAGAGAGAAGAAAAGGUUGUUAUGGCAGCAAGGAACAGGCCUCAAAGAGCAAAGCCGGCUCCCAAGUAUAUCCUUUCUGAUUCAGAGAGUGAUGCAGCCAAUGAUUCUGAUUUCAAUGAUGAUGAGUGAAGAGUGCUUUUUUAACUUUUUCUCAAUUUGAUUGUAAAACUCUUUAUGACGUAAUAUUCAUGGCUGGUUUCUUACUAGUAGUAUUUGAAUCUCUACUCGUUACCCCGCUUGAGAGAGGGUAACUUGGCAUGUAACAACUCUUGUAUGACCACGAGAAUGAAGAUCAUUCCCUGGUUUCUUUGUA